AUGAAUCAAUAUGGCCGACACAACUGUUGUGAAAUAUCGGGUCUCCCAGUCAAACCUCACGUAGAUACUAACCAACUUGUUAUCAAAGUUGCCAAUCUUAUGGGGGUACAUAUAGACGAAAAUGAUAUAUCUGUCUCACAUUGGCUGCCGAAAGAAUUUGAAGAAUCCUUUGUAAUGGGGUUGCAAGUGAUACCUGUUAAGGUUUUCCAUCCGCCUCACAGUGGUAAAACAUGA